AUGGAUCUUCAAGAAAAUAUUACAUCACCUUCAAUCGUACCAAAAGUCGAGCGUUAUUUCAAAUUUUAUUUCUUACUCAUCCUACACAUACCAUCAUUAGUCUUUACAUUUCUUAUUUUAUUCAAUUUCAAAUGGAAACGAUUAGUUACUCAAAUAUUCGGUAUUCUUCUCAUUGUCAAUGCAUUACUCAUUCUUGCUGAAUUACCGUUCACUCUACAAUUUUUGUACAAAGGUUAUCUACUCAAUGCUCAUUUAUGUCCAGUCUGGGUUUUAAUCAACUAUUCAUUGUUCAUUUUGAGCAUGAUUUUAAUAACCUGGACUUCAAUCGAACGUUAUUUGUUUAUUUAUCAUGAGUUAUUCAUUAAACACCAUUCAAUUCUUUUCCACUACCUUCCUGUUGUACUUUUCAGUUUGUAUACUCCCAUAUUCUACAUUAGUCUAGUCAUUUUCUAUCCGUGUGAACAAGCAUACACGGUUUACAGUUAUAUUUGCAACGGACCGUGUUAUCUUUUCAAUAGUGUACCAUGUCUCAUCGAUUGGGGUAUUAAUGUAGUUCUGGUCUUGGGAAUCACUUGCUUUGUUAAUAUAGUGAUCAUUAUACGAAAUAUUAUUCAACGAGGUCGAAUGAAACGAUUGAUUAUUACUGCAGGAAACCGACAGCAAUGGCAUCGAACAUUAAGAUUGAGUUUUCAAUUAUUUUCCAUUUCAUCACUUUGUAUCAUUGGUUGGAUUCCCUAUGGAAUUGUAUCUUCAAUGCAAAUAUUCAAUAAUACACCCACCUUAGCGUAUCUUCUCUCGACAUUUUUCAUCUAUUUUCCUUAUAUUCAAACGUUACUUUUACCUUAUGUAUGCAUUUUCUUCAUGCCCGAAAUCAAGCAAAAGCUCGGCCUAAAAUGGAAAAAUUUAUAUCUCUUCAAAAAAGUAUACCCACACAAUCGAGUUCACAUCGCUCAAACCGAUCAAAACUACACUUUACAAGAUCUAACUCAUUAUUUUUAA